GACGUUCAAAAUUGGCUACGAAGCUUAAGACUACAUAAAUACGGCCAUGCAUUUAUUGGGCUGGAUUGGAAACAAGUGAUUCGCAUGACAGAUCAAGAUAUGAUUGAUGCUGGAGUAAACACUAUUGGAGCAAGACGAAAACUGCUCAAAGUGUUUGAG